AUGGAAAAUCGAGCGUACUGCAGACAAGCCCGCACUGAUACAUACAGCAAUACAUCCCGCAACACAUUGUACAUCGUAAUCAGCCAGUAUCAACCAUUAAUACUCCUUAAUUUCCGUCCAUUGCAAUCGGCAAACCCCUUUUUUUUGGUCGAUAUGAGUGCCCCUGCAUACUACGAGCUCUAUAGACGUUCUGCCGUCGGCAGUGCCCUCGCAGAUGCGCUCGAUUCGCUCAUCUCCGACGAAAAGAUCCAACCACAACUAGCCAUGCGUGUGCUCAACAACUUCGAUCGCAUUGUGGCCGAGAGCUUGAAGGCCGAGCGGAGUAUGUGCAAGUCCAAGAUUUCGUUCAAGGGCGACUUGCAUACGUAUCGGUUCUGUGACGAUGUGUGGACAUUUAUCAUCAAGAAUGUGUCGAUCAAAAUGACGGAUAUGUCCAAUAACGAUGUCAACGAUAGCGAUAUAGUGGUGGAUAAGUUUAAGAUUGUAGCAUGUAACUCGCGCAAGUCUGGCGAGCCUUAG